AUGGGCGCUACUGCGGAGCGUGGUGACGUCACACGCCAGCGCAGGGCGGAGCCUCCCUCGGCGCGUCAGCACACGCCGCGUCGCCGCGGCUUCCGUGCCGCUGACUUCCGGGGGCUGCGCCGCCAUUUUGCUCGCGCGGAAGCGGCGCGGCCGGGUGGGCGUCCCGGCGCCGAGCAGAGCGGAAUCCCUUCGCGGUGGGGCGUGGCCGCGCGCUCCCGGAGUCCCCGCGUGCUCCGAGGGGACGGCGCCCGCCGCGACCCUGCCGGCGGCGUCCCGGCACUCCACCCUCGUCUCUCUCGGCCGAGGGUCGCGCGGGGCGUGGGCGCCUCGAACCGGACAGGCGGGGUGGAGUCGCUUUCCGGCUGGGCGUGCGUCGGGACCUCGCGGUCCUCCUGGGCCUGGGCGCGCCGCGGGUCCGCUCUGGGCAUCGGCGCAGCUUACGGCGAAGCGAGGGAACGCGAGACUCGCGCCCCUGGACGUUGUCCGAGGAAAGCCACGUUCCACGUCUUCGCGUGGCCUGGAGGCCGCCUCCUGCGGGCCCUGCGCAGUGCACUUGGGAGUGAUCUUGCAGAGGACGACGUUAGCGACUCGGUUCACGGAUUCAGUUUCGGCGGCUGCUUGACCGCGAUGCCGAGCCGCAAACGAGGAUUCAGUGUCCGGUCCUUUGGAACAGGAACUCAUGUGAAGCUUCCAGGACCAGCACCUGACAAGCCAAAUGUUUAUGAUUUCAAAACCACAUAUGAUCAGAUGUACAAUGAUCUUCUUAGGAAAGACAAAGAACUCUAUACACAGAAUGGCAUUUUACAUAUGUUGGACAGAAAUAAGAGAAUCAAGCCCCGGCCAGAAAGGUUCCAGAACUGCAAAGAUCUGUUUGAUCUGAUCCUCACUUGUGAAGAGAGAGUCUACGACCAGGUGGUAGAAGAUCUGAAUUCCAGAGAACAGGAGACCUGCCAGCCAGUGCACGUAGUCAACGUGGACAUCCAGGACAACCACGAAGAGGCCACACUGGGGGCCUUCCUCAUCUGCGAGCUCUGCCAGUGUAUCCAGCACACAGAGGACAUGGAGAACGAGAUUGACGAGCUGCUGCAGGAGUUCGAGGAGAAGAGCGGCAGGACCUUCCUGCACACGGUCUGCUUCUACUGAGGGCGCCGCCUGCCCCAGCCAGCGGCCUGCACGUCCUUCGUCAGUGCUGCUUCCUUCUUGACGCUGUCUACUUUAGGUGCACUGCUGCGGGUGGCAGUGUUACCCCGAUAAACUGUACAUGUGAAAUGAGAAGAUGCACAUAAAUGCCAGAUUAAAACAAGUUCUUCUACCCACUUUUACAAUAACGAGUGGGAUAUUGAUUAUAGAGGUUUCUUUCGUUAACCAAAAAAGAAAAGGUUUAUAGGACAUUUCCCCCUACGUGUCUGUCCCACCCGCCUUUCCCCUUUCCCCUCCCCUAACUGGCUGGACUGUACAAACACCUGAAAUAAAGCGAUGGGCUGGAUCUUACUAGGAGA